GAAAAAAAAACUCAGCAAAAAGCCCAUUUGUGAAGUGAUGAGAAGCGGCCCAAUAAGGCCCGUUAAGUCAAAAUGCGUCCGCCGUUUAGGGUUUUAGUUGUCCCCCCACGUUAUAUAUGUCCGUCUUCUUCAAAUCUCUUGUCCAUCAGAUCUUCUCUUUGGCCGUCAUGGUGAAGUACUCACAAGAACCAGACAACACCACCAAAUCUUGCAAGGCAAGAGGAGCCGAUCUCAGGGUCCACUUCAAGAACACUAGGGAGACAGCGCAUGCGAUAAGAAAGCUACCGUUGAACAAGGCGAAAAGGUACUUGGAAGAUGUGAUAGCUCACAAGCAAGCUAUCCCCUUCACACGUUUCUGCCGCGGUGUUGGACGUACUGCUCAAGCAAAAAACAGACAUUCAAACGGUCAAGGUCGUUGGCCUGCUAAAUCUGCUCAGUUCGUUCUUGAUCUUCUCAAGAAUGCUGAGAGCAAUGCUGAGGUGAAAGGUUUGGAUGUAGAUGCCCUUUUCAUAUCACACAUCCAAGUGAACCAAGCAGCAAAACAGAGGCGGAGAACAUACCGUGCUCACGGAAGAAUCAACCCUUACAUGUCAAACCCAUGUCACAUUGAGUUGAUUCUUUCAGAGAAAGAGGAGCCUGUGAAGAAAGAGCCGGAGACUCAGUUGGCAGCGAAGUCAAAGAAGGGAACCUCGUCUUGAUCCUUAUAGACUUGUAGUUACCAUUAUCACUUCGUGUUACAGCGCUUGGUACAUUUUGUUCACUUUCUGUAAGACAUGUAACCAAAAUUUUAAAACACUUAAUGAAGAUUAGUUUUUGGAUUACCA